GUCCCGGCAAAAUGUCGGCCGCUCAGUUCAAGAACUUUCUCUACGCCUUUUGUGGAAAACGCAAAACCAGACCUGUCUACACAGAAAGACCUUCUACUCAAGGAACUUUCAAAUUCCAGGUUCAAAUAGAUGGAUUUGAUUAUGUGGGCCUUGGAAGUGCUACCAGCAAAAAAGAUGCUGAAACUAAUGCUGCUAAGGAUUUCUGUGGUUUCCUGAUCGGAGCUGGAAUUAUUCCUCCAGAUUCAUUUCCAGAUGAUUUAUUUGGAGAAGGACCUACAUCAUCAUCAGCUUCCAUGCCAUCUCAACAGCAGCUUCCAUCGUCUGCAGCACCAGCUCCUCCGAUGCAGCUAAUGCAAAAUCAAAACCAACAAUCAGGACCAACACAGGGGAAGUCUUUUCCAUCGCAACCACCACUUCUUAUGAUGCAGCAAGGUGGAACAGCACCUGGUACAAGUCAAAUGGAUAGUUGGAGUGGAGCUGGCCAAAGAGAUUACCAUUAUAGCCUGUACAAUAAAAGAAAGUUUGAAGAGGCUGAAGAUGUGGAUCUAAAUGCUCAUCUUCAUGGAAACUGGACAUUAGCCAAUGCCAAGUCUCGGCUGCAUCAGUAUCUGCAGCAGAACAGAAUUCCUGCUGAUUUCAAAUACUCUGCUGGGGGUCCAGACCACAACAGACAUUUUGUUGCUGAAUUAUCUAUUUUUGUGAAGUCUCACCGAAGAACUAUUUCUGCUCAAGAACAUGCUUCCACUAAGAAACAAGCUGCACAGAACACUUCUUUAAGUCUUGUUCGACAAUUGUUUCACAUGGGAGUGUUGGAGGCUGCUGAACCAGGUCAAGUUCAACCAAAGAAAACAAAAACAGAUGAGAUUGAACCUCAUGAUGUUGCUAUCAGUCCUGAGAUGGAACAGCAAGUGUCAGAUCUGCUUCAACGACUUGAAAUUCAACCAGUUCCUCAGGACCCAAACCAAGCUGUAUCGCUAGUCCUUCCCCCUGGAAUGGUCAAAUUUCAAGAGACAAAUCCAGAACCAGGUUCUGGAAUAGUGGAAUGGACUCAACCAAAUAUGAACUGGAAUCCAUGGAUAAACCAGCCAAUGAUUAUAGAAGGAGCUGAAGACUAUCAAGAACCUAUUCCAACAAGUCAGGAUUACCUUAAUGAAUACAGAGAGAAACAUCAAAAUGUUGAUGUGUAUAAAAACAUGUUAGAGCAGCGAAGUCAACUUCCUGUGUUCCAGUACAAGUCUGCAUUGAUUGAGGCACUCAGGACAAACAGAGUUGUUGUUAUAAAGGGUGCAACAGGCUGUGGAAAAACUACUCAGGUUCCACAGUACAUUCUCGAUGACUACAUUGAGACAGGGUACGGUGCUGAGUGUUGUAUUGUAGUCACUCAGCCGCGACGUAUCAGUGCUGUGAGUGUAGCUGAAAGAGUGGCCAGUGAAAGAGCUGAGAUACUGGGCACCAGUGUAGGAUAUUCAGUUAGGUUUGAUACUAUUCUUCCCAGAAGCCAUGCCUCCAUGCUGUUCUGCACAGUCGGUGUUCUUCUCAGGAAGCUUGAAAAUGGUCUUCAUGGAAUUUCUCAUGUGGUUGUGGAUGAGAUACACGAGCGAGAUAUAAAUACUGAUUUUGUGUUGGUGAUUUUGCGUGACAUGAUUCAAGCAUACCCAAACCUUAGAGUUGUCCUCAUGUCUGCCACUAUUGACACCCAGAUGUUUACAGAGUAUUUUGGCAACUGUCCUAUUGUGGAAAUAGAAGGAAGAUCGUUUCCAGUUCAAGAAUAUUACCUUGAAGAUGUGAUCCAAAUGUUAAAUUUUGUCCCUCCACUUCCGGAUAAAAAGAAAAAGAGAGACGAUGUGGAUGAUGAUGAGGAGGAAAAUUGUAACUUAACAUGCAGUGAGGACUAUUCCUUCCAAACCAAGAAUGCGCUGGCACAACUGAGUGAAAAAGAAAUGUCUUUUGAACUUGUGGAGGCUUUGCUUAACUACAUAUCCGGCCUGAAUAUUCCUGGAGCUGUCCUCAUAUUCCUUCCAGGGUGGAACUUAAUUUUUAAACUUCACAAGCACCUGAAGAUGCAUCCACAAUUUGGUGUGAGUAGCAGGUAUCGCUUGCUUCCCCUUCACUCCCAGAUCCCCAGAGAAGACCAGCGGAGAGUAUUUGAGCCCGUUCCAGAAGGAGUCACAAAGAUAAUUCUUUCUACAAACAUCGCUGAGACAAGUAUUACAAUUGAUGAUGUUGUUUUUGUCAUUGAUUCAGUCAAAGCCAAAGUGAAAUUAUUCACGUCACACAACAACAUGACAAAUUACGCCACUGUAUGGGCGUCCAGAACCAACAUGGAACAGAGGCGUGGUCGAGCAGGCAGAGUCAGACCAGGAUUUGCCUUCCAUCUUUGCAGCAGAACAAGAGCUUCAAGACUCGCUGAACACGCCACACCAGAGAUCUUGCGCACACCGCUUCACGAGCUGGCUCUCACCAUCAAAUUUCUAAAACUCGGAGAUAUCAGAGAGUUUUUGAACAAGGCCAUCGAGCCGCCCCCGCUUGAUGCAGUGGCAGAGUCUAUUGCCCUAUUAAAAGACAUGGAGGCUUUGGAUGGAAACUUAAAUCUCACUCCCCUUGGUUACCUUCUGGCAAAAUUACCCAUUGAACCACGGCUUGGCAAGAUGAUCAUUCUUGGAUGCAUCUUUUAUUGUCAUGAAUCUGCUGAGUAUCAGUUUUGCGAGAGUCGUCAGUUGAACAUGUCAACCCUUCGCAUGACAUCGGAGGCUAAGCUUCAGCUGAAAGAUCUUCUUUGUAACGCUGGUUUUCCAGAUGAAUGUAUGCACCCACAGCCAUUUAACUACAGCGGCCCCGACUCCAAGUUGGACAUGGUCGUGGCUUUGUUGUGUUUGGGUAUGUAUCCUAAUGUCUGUGUACACCGAGGGAAACGCAAAGUACUAACGACAGAAGGUAAAGCCGCGCUCAUCCACAAGUCCUCAGUGAACUGCUCCAACAGGGAACAGACUUUCCCGUCUCCGUUCUUUGUGUUUGGAGAGAAGAUUCGUACCCGCGCUGUAUCGUGUAAACAGAUGACCAUGGUUAAUCCUCUACAGCUGCUCAUGUUUAGUCAGAGUAAAGUAGAAUCUGAAAAUGGGAUCGUCAAAAUGGACGACUGGUUACAGUUCAGGUUUGCUCACCAUCAAGCCGCCAUGAUCGUAGCCCUGCGUCAAGCACUUGACUUCCUAUUAGUUCGCGCUGCCACCAAUCCAGCCACAAUAGCUGAACCGAGUCAUGAAGAUGAGAGAAUACUGCAUGUCGUCAAGGCGUUAUCAAGAGCUAAUUCGGGAAGCUUUAAUGUGAGCCGUGGUGGAGGCCAAUUUCAACCGAGAGGAGGACCUCUACCGGGGUUGAUGCACCGAGGAGGACGUGGUGGACCUCCACCAAGGCGUGGCUACCAAGGCCCUCGACAUUACCGCGGCAAUUACCAAGGGGGUGGAUUCCGCGGCGGUGGCGGUUUUCGUGGAGGAUCCCGGCGUGGAGGCUUUCGCGGAUUUCGCGGCGGUCAAUACUAAAUGUUACUUAAUUUGGGCGUUAGGCCUACCAUUUACAGUGGAGCAGAGGAGUCUGUUAAAAUCCCAGUUAUUAUUUGGUUUUAAUCUUACUGGAGAAAACAUAGGCGGGAUGAAGUAGCUGACAAAGUCGCCGAAAAAUUAAGUUAGGACGUGAAAAAUUUCGCUUUCACUUUACAUUGUAUUCAAAAUGGCUACUUUCUAGAAAAGGUACCGUUUAUCGUCACUUAAGUUGUACCAUUUUCAUCUACGUAACAGUAAAUUAAUGCCAAAGGAAAGCCUUACGAUUGAGCCUUUAAAGAUUGAAGGCGCGUCAACAGUGAAGAGUCUGGUGCGCAUUGCGUCCCAAUGCUUAAAAAAAAACCUGCGUUCUAGCUCAUCUCAAUUGCUUAUGGUCUUUUUUAAGAAAGAGUGAUAGCGUUCCACGGUUUUCACCCGCCAAUAAUGCAAUACGCGCUUUGUGAUAUGUCGGACUACAUUCUUAUUUCCCAGCAAAAUUCGUCGCGCGAGUGAAAAGUUUAAACCGAUGAAAAUAACAUUUCAUAAUUUAUACGACGCCAGAACCUUUUUUUGCGAAUAUUUUUAAUGACUUUUGCGACAGAUUAUGCUGUGAAAAAAGUAAAGACUGCUCGUACUCGAGACUUUGGUUGUGUAAUUGUAGUUAAUAUGUACGGUGAAGAUAACAAUAAACAAUUCCUUGAAGUUGAA